CUUGACUUAUAGCAUCAAAAUGUCUGACGAUCACGAUCAUACUUUCGAGUCCACCGAUGCUGGUGCUUCUUUGACCUUUCCCAUGCAAUGCUCUGCCUUGAGAAAGAACGGCCACGUGGUUAUUAAAGGUCGCCCCUGUAAAAUUGUGGAGAUGUCCACCUCCAAGACUGGUAAGCACGGUCACGCCAAGGUACACUUAGUCGGAAUUGACAUCUUCACUGGAAAGAAGCUUGAAGAUCUUUCGCCCUCUACUCAUAAUAUGGAUGUGCCCAACGUUGUCCGUAAUGAAUAUGUAUUGAUCAAUAUUGAUGAUGGUUAUCUUUCGUUGUUACUUCCUGACGGUGAUACCAAGGAUGAUGUAAAAGUGCCCGACACCGAUAUUGGAGCUGCUAUCGAAGCUCAGUUCGAAGAAGGCAAGGAAUUGUUGGUCUCUGUCGUAGCUUCUAUGGGUGAAGAGCAUGCUUUAGCUUUCAAGGAAGCUCCCAAGACCGAUUAAAAUUGGAAUGCUGAUUGUUAGCCACAAAUCAUUACCCUUGUAUAUCGUGUAUAUUUUUUUCUUGUUUAUACUCAUUCAAAG